AUGCAGGCCGUGCGCGGCGUCAUCUGGGGGAUUGUCUCGGUUGUUGUAGCCUCUUCUAUCGGGAAUGCCUACUGCGCCGCUGCAGUGCUUGUAAGACGGUCGACUCGGAAAAACGAGGUACGGUACACUUGGGUUGGUUACCACGGUAGAGGCGAGUUCGCUACCAAGCUACACUGCACUCCAGAAUUCGAGGAGAUCUGA